UGUUUUUUGGAUUCUUUCUCUGUUUCCUGGGACUUUAGGACACGUUUGCGGUUACUUCGGAAUAGAGCAAGUCCUCCCAAACUAACGGAUUCGAGUCCCCGUGGUCCCUGGGUCCUGCCUCGACCUCCGUCAGUCAACAGCCGGAACUUGCCAUCUUCUCCGGCAAACAACAAGCCAAUCUUCCUUCGUUUGCUGACAUCUACUGUGGCUUGUCUCCGGGACCAAGGGCGGGGGAGGUAGAAAACCAACGUAGGAAAUUACAGGACCAAUUUACUAGCAGCGAUGAGCAAGAAGCUUUCGACGUUCUUUUGCAAGCGAUGCCGUUUGACGUUUCAGCGCAGGAUCGACCUCGUGAGGCACAAGCGCAUCCACCUCAACGCGUGUAGGUUCGCCUGCCAUGUGUGCAGCAAGACGUUUUCGAGAAGGGAUCGUCUGAAGUGCCACGUCAUGGUGCACCUGUGUGGAAUACAGGGUGGCUCAGCGUUCUCUCGUGACAGCGGUUGCGCAGCCAAGACUCUUCUCAAAGUAUACGCUGAACUUAGUCAAAGGCCACUUGUCAAAAGCUUCUUGAAGAGGUCACGGGGUAAGUUUGCUGCCCGUAAAAGAGCAGCCAAGACAGAAAAUAAACUUCCAAGAAGUAGUCUUGUUUCCCCCUGCCAGCCUUCUUCUCAGACAAAUGUAAAGGCUACUAGGGCUGCCAGCUACAGCUUGAGAGGCCACAGACUGCAAACACCAGAAGUAGAAAGGAAUAACGAAGGUAUUUCACAUCAGCUACCCGUCAAAAUGAAAGUUCUUUGUCCUAGGGCUAAGCGGAACAUCCGAACCACAAAAAGUGUUCUCCAAGGAUACGUAAAGAAAAGCUCCUUGCAAACAAAAUCAGCUGAUCGCGCAAACACGGCUCCUUCACACAACGAGCCUACGACACCGUUGACUGAACAAACAAGAAAUAAAAGAUAA